UGUCUGCUUUACUGCUUUACUGACUUCCCUGGGAUACCAAGCAAGUGCCUGCCCAGCACAGGCAGCACACAGGGGGAAAUGGAUCAGGACAACCCCAAGCUGCUGCCAGGGAUGGGGCAGUGCUGAGCUGCAGCAUGGGAGUCCUCGCAAGAGCAGACGCCCUGGGAUUACAGUCUGGAUUUCCAGCAGCACCUCUGCAGAUAAGUUGAGAAAUUUCUGCUGGUGCAUUUAAGCAGAGCAGUACCGAGAAGCUCGGGUGUAAAGGUCAGUGGUGCAAGAGCCGUGGUGAGCUGCCUGGACUUCAGCCUCUCCUUUAAACCUGCGGCUAGAGAAACUUGAAGUAAAGUUCGGCCGAAGUCCAAGCAGCGAAGGCGCAGUGCUGCCCCGCCAAGUUCCUUGGUCAACGCCUGCUGCAGGACAGCAUGGUGCAGCGUGUGGCCAUUAUCGGGGCUGGAGCCGGUGGGUUGGCCUCCAUCAAGUGCUGCCUGGACGAGGGGCUGGAGCCCACCUGCUUCGAGAGGAGCGAGGACAUUGGGGGACUCUGGCGCUACACGGACUCUACAGACAGUGGGAGGGUCAGUGUGUACCGUUCAGUUAUCACCAACACCUCCAAGGAGAUGUCCUGCUUCAGUGACUUCCCCUGCCCAGAGGAUUUUCCCAGUUACCUACCCCACAGUCUUCUCCUGGAGUACUUUCGGAUGUAUGCCAAGAAUUUUGAUCUCCUGCGGCACAUACGCUUCAAGACAACAGCUCUCAGCGUGAGGAAGCGCCCCGAUUUCACCACCUCAGGACAGUGGGAGGUGAUCACUGAGACUGACGGUUUCCAGGAGCUGCAUGUCUUCGAUGCCGUCAUGAUUUGCACUGGCCAUUACCAGCAGCCCUACUUACCGCUGGCUUCUUUCCCAGGUAUUGACACUCGCUUCAAAGGCCAGUACCUCCACAGCCUGGAAUACAAAGAUGUAGAGGCUUUCCGGGGAAAGCGGAUCCUCGUGGUUGGCAUCGGCAACACCGGUGGGGACCUGUCCGUGGAGCUGAGCCAUGUGGCUGCAAAGGUGUUCCUCAGCACCAGGAGCAGCACAUGGGUGAUCAGUCGGGUCUCGGAUCAUGGCUUCCCCUGCGACAUGGUCAACACCACCCGCUUCAACCACUUUCUCAACUGGCUUCUCCCAUCAGCCCUCACCAACAGGAUCAGGUUUAGGAAGUUCAAUUCAUGGUUUAACCACGAGAUCUAUGGCUUGGCUUCCACAAAAAGCUCCAACUUCAAGAUAAUUGUUAAUGAAGAGCUGCCUUUUUGCCUCCUCUCUGGAACUGUCAUCUUGAAGCCAAAAGUGAAGGAGUUCACUGAAAACUCUGCUGUUUUUGAAGAUGGCACAACUGAAGAAAACAUCGACGUGGUGCUUUUUGCCACAGGAUACAACUUCUCAUUUCCCUUCCUUGAUGAGCCUGUUCGCAGCCUUAUCGAUGAUAACCGUUCCCUCUAUAAGUGCAUCUUCCUUCCCCAACUGGAAAAGCCGACGCUGGCCAUCAUUGGCUUAGUCCAGCUGACUGGUUCUGUGAUGGUGGGAUCAGAAAUGCAGGCUCGCUGGGUGACAGGGAUCUUUGCAGGCUGGAACAAGCUCCCACCCGCCAGCAAGAUGAUGGCUGAUGUUUUGAAGAAGAAGCCGUCGGUCAGUAGGAAUCCAUCUGAGAGGGAGAACUUGAAGAUGAGUUUUAUCAGCUACACUGAUGACAUUGCAUCAUGUGCUGGUGUAAAGCCCAGCGUGCUGAAGCUGCUCCUGACAGACCCCUAUCUGGCCCUGACCAUCUUCUUUGGCCCCUGCACUCCCUACCAGUACCGACUGGUGGGACACGGCAAGUGGAGUGGGGCCAGAGAGGCCAUCCUGACUCAGUGGCAGCGGACACUGAAGCCCUUGAGAACUCGGGUGGUGGAUGACUCCUCCAACGUCUCCGACAGCCGGCACUGGAUGCGCCUCCUGGCCCUGUCGGCAGCUCUCAUGGCAGGUUGCCUGCUUUCUAAGUACCACAGGUCAGGCUGGAGCCCCUGAGUAGGUCCCCAGCUGCAGAAGAAAUCUGGUGAGGCCUGGUCCCCGGCAAGCUGGGGAUGAUGUGAAGUUGUGCUGCGGGGUACUGUCAGCAGGGCUGGAGCUGGCCCAGUGCCGGCAGGAGCCCAGACACUGCCUGGUGCCUGGCCUCCUCCCACCAAUGUUUUACCACAUGGAGGAUUGACCCCAAACCGGCUGUGCCCACCUUGCAACAGCACCAGGGUGGAUCUCCAAAGGGCUUUUGAGAAGAGCCCUUUUGAGAUAGGCUUGUGUGCAGGGAAGCAGCCUUCCUCCCUGGCUAGCCAGAGCUUCUUCCAUCAAAUUACCUGUAUCAAUAUUUGUGUUUGUAUGGUAACUUUUGGAAUAUGAAGUAGGGAACCAGAAAUAAAC